AGAUAUCCAACGUGGCCGAAUUAGAAGUCGUGACUGGAAAAGGCGACACUCUAAUUUGCUCCGAAUCCGAAAAUUCGGAAUUGUUUUUCAGCGUCCUCGGUGGUUUGGGCCAGUUCGGGAUCAUCACUAGAGCCCGUAUUUUGCUUCAGCCAGCCCCAGAUAUGGUGAGAUGGAUUAGAUUGGUGUACGACGAGUUCGAAACGUUCGCGCGUGACGCGGAGACGCUGGUGCGGCGGCCGGAAGGCGAGUCGUUUGAUUACGUGGAAGGGUUCGUAUUCUCCAACAACGACGACCCGUUAACCGGAAGACCGACAGUGCCGUUGGACCCGGACGCCGAGUUCGACUCAGCCCACGUACCGGAAACCGCCGGCACCGUCCUGUACUGCCUCGAAGUCGCCGUCCACUACCGGAACACCGACCAAACCUCAACCGUCGACACGGCCGUUCACAGGUUCCUGGACGGGCUCGGGUAUAUAGAGCCGCUCAGAUUCCAGGUGGACCUCAGCUACAUAGAGUUUCUCUCACGUGUGAAGCGUGCGGAGGAGGAAGCAAUCGCCAACGGCGUGUGGGACGCUCCUCACCCCUGGUUGAACCUCUUCGUGUCAAAAUCUCACAUCGCCAACUUUGAUCGUGCGGUCUUCAAGACACUCCUCAAAAAUGGGGUUGGUGGGCCCAUGCUCGUCUACCCUCUCCUGCGCAGCAGGUGGGAUUCCCGGACUUCGACGGUGUUACCAGAAGGCGAAGUGUUCUACCUCGUGGCAUUGCUUCGGUUCACUCCCCCGAACCCGAAAGCUGCAUUGGUCGACAAAUUGGUGAACGAAAACCGAGAAAUUAUACGUGUAUGUAACGAGAAUAAAAUCGAGUUCAAGCUCUACUUGCCGCACUACCAUUCGGAGGAGGAGUGGAAGCAUCACUUUGGGAAACAAUGGAGUAGGUUUGUAGAGAGGAAAGCCAUAUUUGAUCCCAUGGCCAUUCUCGCUCCGGGCCAAAAGAUCUUCACUACAAUGUCACACAAUCUUUAAGAUCAUUUUAUUCUUUGACUAAUUUUACAUAUUGGCUUCAAAACCAAACCCAGCCCACAAUUUCCGACCCAACCUUAUAAUACGUUGCUAUCACUUUGAAAAACAAACAAACGUUGGUGCAAUGUAAAGGAGAAAAGGAAGAAAAAAAAUACUUCUUUUUUGAGCAAAAAAAGAAACCGCAAAACUUGAUCGUUUGGGUUUAUAGGAAAGUAAUGAAUGAUUGAAAGUGAAACCCUUUUUUUUUUCUUUUUUUGUUUUGUUUUGGCUCAAAGACAGCAAAGUGAUUUGACUUGGGCAGCAUGCUUUCUCUGUAAAAAAGAACAAAUUGACCCAAAAGACGCACAGUGUUGUGGAUUUUGUAUACUAUUAAAGUGAUGUUGAGAGCCCAUUGGCUCAAAGUAGGCGCCACCAUUGCCACCA